AUCCCACAACAGCGCCAUCUUUCCAUGGUGUGUGUUUUUUUUUGGUGGGAAGCCCCUCACAGCAAAGGCUUUGGCAAGGAAAGGGUUAAGGAGUGUAUAAGGUUGGGAUCGAUGCCUCCUCUCCCACACGUCGCCAUGAACAAAUGAAUUCGCGGGGAAUUAAAUAUCAAUUUCACAAAGGAGAACGAGUCCUGUGCUUUGAACCCGACCCCACCAAGGCUAAAGUGUUGUAUGACGCUAAGGUCCUUGAUGUCUUGAUAGGUACAGAUGAACAUGGAAGACGAAUCCCAAAGUACCUGAUUCACUUCAAUGGUUGGAACAGAAGCUGGGAUCGUUGGGCUGCUGAGGAUCAUGUCCUAAGGGACACUGAGGAAAACCGUAAAUUGCAACGUAAACUGGCUCGCAAAGCUCUCGGUCGCAUGAAGAGAAAGGGAUGGGUGAAGAGGCGUCGUCGUCAGUCUGGCACUAAAUCUUCUCUGAAGACUCUCCCUAAGGAGGACGACAGUGAUGACGCUUGUUUGAUUUCCACUUCGGAGAGCAGUGAAGGGGACGAUUCUGACCCUGAAUCUUCAAACAGUGGGGAAAGCACCUUCUCUGAGGACAUCAACAAAAUGAGGGUUGAGCCAGACAUGAAUGUUAAGAGGGAAAGUGAGGAGAAGAUUGUCCAUGUUGACAUCAGCAUCCCUGACAUUCUAAAGAAGAAACUGGAAGAUGACUGCUUCUACAUCAACAAGAGGAAGAAGCUUGUGAUGGUUCCCUGUCAAACAAACGUCGUGCACAUCCUGGAGUCCUACGUCAAGCACUUUGCCAUCAACAAAGCAUUCAUGGCCAACGAGAGGUACAGACGUCAGCAGAACCCCACUCAGAACAGCAGUCCACAGCCAAUUCCUCCAGAGAAGAGUGAGGAGCUGUGUAAGGAGAUGGUUGAUGGCCUGAGGAUCACUUUCGACUUCACCUUACCCAUGAUCCUCCUCUACCCCUGUGAACAAGCGCAGUUUAAAAAGGUCAGCUCCUCCAGGCUCUUUCUGGCUAUGAAUGAAGGUUCCCCCUGCUCCAGCAACACCCAGCGAGAGCGCAGUCCAAGCCCACUGGGGCACAACCCUCCUACUCCUCAGUCCACAGACAGCCAACCGGCACUUAGUGACAUCUCCGCCACCACACCCACCGCUCCAGCACCCACCCCAAAGCGUCGGCGCCACCCUGAUAUGGACUGUAUCUCGUACCAGUCGCAGUCACUCAGGCGCUCCACCAGAAACACAUCUGGAGGCGACCGUCCAGCUGAAGGAAGCAGUGGAGGUGGAGGCAGUGCCACGGCGUCUCCGCAGUUAAAACGCCGCUUGAUCGACACAUCAGCGCAGCCCAAGUUCUUCCUAAACCUUGACAGAAAAACCCCAGUCCACAGCGGCUCCUCUUCCCCGUUGCCCUUGACGCCAAGCAAAGAGCGGACUGGGCCCUUCUAUGGCCUGGAGAGCCGCAGAAACAACGAGCUUAAUGAGCAGGUCUUGAGCUGGAAGCUGACUCCUGAUAACUAUCCUCUGACCGACCAGCCUCCACCGCCCUCCUACCUGUACGGAUCACAGCACCUCUUACGGCUUUUUGUGAAGCUUCCUGAGAUCCUGGGGAAAAUGCAAAUCCCUGAGAGGAACCUCCGAGCCCUCAUCAAACAUCUCGAGCUCUUUCUCAGGUUUCUGGCCGAGUACCACGAGGACUUUUUUCCAGAGUCUGCGUAUGUGUCGGCAUCAGAGGCCCACUACAGCAUGAAACAACCGAGGCCAGUUUACUGAAGGAGACGCUGGCCGCUGUGUUUCCUUCCCUGUCCCUUGUUUCUUCUCUGACCUCCUUCCCCUCCCUUUCAGCUUGUCCAGACCAACCUGUCUGGACUCGUGUUCAGUGGAAUAAAAAAAGCAGCUUUCUCCGGAGUGCAGCUCUGUUGUCUUACCCUGGAACACCUUCGCUUCUGUUUCUCGCUGUCGCCUUGUGGAACCAGUCGCUUCAAUCUUCAUCCCACUAACUCCUCACCCCAUGCUCUGUCUGUGGCGCCGUCCUGCAUGCGAGGCCGCUCUGCGCUGCUUUGCUUCCGUGUGCUGCUCCAAAGCAUGUCGACUGCUGUGUGUUGACUAACCUUCAUUGUUCCUUCUUUCAAAUCACCUGGCAUGCACUUUUUUUUCGACCAGGUUAAGACUGGAAGGUUCACCCGGCCCAAAUAGUGAAGCACUGAAAACAAAGCCCCAUUUUCUCCUGCUCUGACUCUUCAGAGCUGCAGUUUUGGAUUAUUGUGCGCUCUGAUGACACAGGCCUCCCCUGCCUGCCCAAUAAACUAAUUUUGGAUGCUCUUGAGGGCAUUAAUGCAGGUUCACCUGCUUGGAAGCAUAGCCCCCUCUAAGUAGUGACUUCUUCUAAGUGCUUCCUCUGCAGUGAUCUUCUGGAUUGCUCUAAAGCUUCAGUAGGACUUGCUUCCUAUCCUGGAGAUGUUUCGCCGCUUUUUGCUGAGAAAUUUACUGACUCUCGAAGAACUUUGAUUUAAGGAAUGUUCUUUCUCUCUAGAAUUAAACCCUCCGGUGGGAUAUUUUUGUUAUUUCUCGCUCUGUUCUGCUUUCAGUGUUGUCCUGUGCAUGUCUGUCAGCUUUUGAUUUGUUCCGUUUCUCCCGCCUUGUAGCAGGAAGGAUAAGCUGCAAUGGUGUGCAGCGUAUCCCAGCAUUGUCUCCUUAAAAAAAAAAAACACAGAAGGUAAUCAGCCGUUAAAGAACUGAGGAUGUUUUUGUUUGCAAUUUUGUUUUCUACCAGUUUGGUUCAUUGAGUACCAGAAAGAUCAGACAAUCGCUUAAAUGUGUCAGAACAAAUUUAGCAUACAUUUCUUUGAUUUACACCACAACAAUAGAUUCCAUUUGCAUUUUUAUUAGAGAUAUUAUUUGAGUAAAAGCUAGCAGUUGUGUACUUUUCAGAAUCAAUCUGGUCACUCAUGACUCUGUGAAAUAUUGUAAAUACAUACAAAACAUCUGUCCGUAGGCAUGUUAUUUAUUUUUCUCUGCACACCACUGGAUCGUUCUGAUACCUCAAACUUUAUUUUCACUCUUGUAUCCUUGUUUUGCUUAGCUUGUUUCCUGACUAUUUCCUUUUUAUCCCUGUUCAUAGUUUAAAUAAAGACUUUUCUAAA